UUAGGUUAAGCUGGUGACUUCAUUUUGUAUCAUCUGUACUCUGCCAUCAACGUUUGGAAAACAAGAGAAAAUAGGUCAGCAUGCAGCAACAGCCUAGUGAAAGCUAGCACUUAAGCUCGGCAUGCACCAUCAUAAAAAGGCUGCUGUUCAGGCAAUUUUGGAUGAAUGUUUCCACAUGGAUUUUAAUAUUUCUCCGGAUAAAAUGAAAAGUGAACACAUUGGAUGUUGAGUAUUGUGCAUUAUCUUGCCUGUUGAAAUAUACGGUAGCAUGCAAGUAUAUUUUAAUAUCUGAUUUAUUGAAAUGUGAAUAUCUUGCUUAGAUACAGUCUAAAUUGACGGUUCUGAUUCAGAUGUUUGAAAAGAUGCCGUCACUGGACAGAUACAUUUGUAUGGUAGAAUUAUGUUAGUAAUAUGGUGAUGUGGUGGGAGAAAGGCUCUUUGGAGUGUUAUUCGAUCACAGAAAUCCUCAUGAAUUGAAAGCAUUGAAGGCUUACCUUAUGUGACAUUAUUUGUGUACUGAUUCUGAUGUGUCUGGCUAACACAUUGUCGAGGUUCUUUGAAAGGCGCCAGAAGACACAGCAACUGCUAGUUGUAUGGAGAAGAUGUCUGAAAGGUAUAAUACCCAGGGUGACGAUUCUUUUCCACAACUCUUUGAUACAUGAAGUACAACCAGCUUCAAUUGUCUGCCUCAUUUCGAUUUUUCCGUUUGCAAUGUGUUCCGUGUCUCUUCAGUCUCAGAUCACACCUUCAAAUACAAUUAUACGAUUUCACAUGAGACUAAUGAAGCCGCCGCCGCUCUCCUCCUCCUCCACCGCCGCCGUCUUCCGCAAGGCUCGACUCUCUCCCUACCUCUUCACCCUCCUCGUCUUCAUCCUCUUCGUCUGCGUCCUCUACGGCGAGGACCUCACCUGCAUUUUCGGCCAGCAGCUCCAACUCACCUCCAGCUCCGACCCAAUCGUGAUCAAAACAGGGAAGAAGAGAGAGAAGCUGCCGUUCACCGUCGGCAAGACCGACGAAGGGUGUGACUUGUUCAGCGGGAGGUGGGUCUUCGACGAGUCAACUCGGCCGCUUUACGAGGAAUCGGAGUGCCCGUACAUCCAGCCACAGUUGACCUGCCAAGAACACGGGCGGCCGGACAAGGACUACCAGAAAUGGCGGUGGCAGCCCCACGGCUGCGAUCUUCCCAGCUUCAAUGCCACUUUGAUGCUUGAGACGCUACGAGGGAAGCGGAUGAUGUUCGUUGGAGACUCUCUGAACCGGGGUCAGUAUGUUUCCAUGAUUUGUCUUCUCCACAAACUCAUCCCGGAUGAUGCCAAAUCCAUGGAGAGCUUCGACUCAGACUCGCGAACUGUUUUCACGGCCAAGACAUACAAUGCCACAAUCGAGUUCUAUUGGGCGCCGUUUCUUCUUGAAUCAAACGCGGAUAAUGCUGUCGUCCAUAGGAUAUCUGAUAGGCUUGUAAGGAAAGGGUCCAUCAAUAAGCACGGCAAACAUUGGAAGGGCGUUGAUGUAUUGGUGUUCAAUACUUAUCUGUGGUGGAUGACCGGCUUGGAAUUUAAAAUAUUACUAGGUUCCUUCAAUGAUGAGGUGAAAGAUAUUGUGAAUGUGCCAACGACAGAGGCUUAUCGUAUGGCGAUGAAAACUAUGUUAAGAUGGGUGCGGAGGAACAUGGACCCCAAGAAGACGAGGGUCUUUUUCACUAGCAUGUCUCCUUCUCAUGGAAAGAGUAUAGAAUGGGGAGGUGAACCAGGAGGCAGCUGCUACAACCAGACUACUUUGAUUGAAGAUCCGAACUACUGGGGUUCAGAUUCCCGGAAAAACAUAAUGGAGGUAAUUGGAGAAGUAUUCAGUAAAACGAAGGUGCCCAUUUCUUUCCUCAACAUCACGCAACUUUCAAACUAUCGCAAGGAUGCGCACACAUCAAUCUACAAGAAGCAGUGGAACCCUCUGACUCCCGAGCAAUUAGCCAACCCUGUUAGCUAUGCUGAUUGCGUGCAUUGGUGUUUGCCUGGCCUUCAAGAUACCUGGAAUGAGCUUCUGUUCGCCAAACUUUUCUAUCCUUGAUCGUGGUCCGAAGUGGUGAGUUAUCCUCCUUCCGGCCUUUCGGGAUGGUCCUUGCAUGGUGGUGGCAAUUGAAUGGUGUAAUUAUCCAUGAAAAAUGUGAGAUGGAAGGCAAAAGAAAGAGAGAAGAAGAAGAAGAUGUGGGCAAAGGAAGGGCCCAUAGAAGAAGAUAGAUUGAAUCCUGCUUUGAAAUGUGAAAAAUGAAAUUUUGUUAUUAAAUUUGGGUUUUGUGAAGGAGAACACUUGAGUAUAGUGAUUGAUUAAAAGAAAGUACAGAAUUAUUGCAAUGUUUUCAAAGCCA